AUGUACCACCGGUUCUUCCCCGUCCAAAACGACGCCAGCGCCCUCCCAGGCGCAACCCUGGAAGCCAAUCCCGACGACAACAACCGCCUUCACAUCCUAGAGAACCCUUUCGAGAAGUGCAUGUUAGCCCAGUUCAACACCGGCGCCGUGGCCUGA